UAUCCUAUGCGCCUUUAAAUAUCAGUGUGAAAGCGCAUAUGGGUUUACACAGCAGACCUGAGUGCGGACGAAGGAGGAAGGACUGUUUAUCGCUGCACACCGGUCCAAUAUGAGAUCUGAAGAUUAAAAUCGUCUGAUAUACAUUUUGUUCCCGUUAUUAUCAACGUUCACAUCUGGAAGAAUAAUGCCUGAGCAAAGUAAUGACUACAGAGUGGUAGUGUUUGGGGCUGGAGGAGUUGGCAAGAGUUCCUUGGUGCUGAGGUUUGUAAAGGGAACCUUCAGGGAGAGCUAUAUACCCACCAUAGAGGAUACCUACAGACAGGUGAUCAGCUGUGACAAGAGCAUCUGCACCUUGCAGAUCACUGACACCACUGGAAGCCAUCAGUUCCCUGCCAUGCAGCGGCUGUCCAUUUCCAAGGGGCAUGCCUUUAUCCUGGUCUAUUCCAUUACAAGCAAGCAGUCCUUAGAGGAGCUGAAACCGAUCUUUGAGCAAGUCUGUCAAAUCAAAGGUGACGUGGAGAGCAUCCCAAUCAUGCUGGUGGGGAAUAAGUGUGACGAGACACAGAACCGUGAGGUUGAGACCAGUGAUGGAGAGGCUAUGUCCAAGAAGUGGAAGUGUGCAUUCAUGGAGACUUCAGCUAAGACCAACCACAACGUCAAGGAGCUUUUCCAAGAGCUUCUGAACCUGGAGAAGCGCCGGACUGUCAGCCUUCAGAUUGAUGGGAAAAAGACCAAGCAGCAGAAGAGGAAAGAGAAGCUUAAGGGCAAAUGUGUUGUGAUGUGAGACAGCGAAGAAGGAAGUCUUCUGCUGAAAGCAUUGCGUUGCGAUACGCUAAGACUAUGACAAAAAUCUUCCUGUCAUGCCGGAUAAUUAGGGAACACAAGUAUUUACACUAAUUAUGGAAAGGAGGAGAGGGUGGUAUAUUUUAGAAUCAAUAAUUGUUUCACAUUUUAACACAGAACAAAAAAAAAAACAGUUCCUCUAUCUCAGCAAAAUAUGUAGAAUCUUUUAAUUGAUCAAUAGUUCCAGUCUGCGACUGAAUGGAAAAAACAAAACCAGUUUACUUUAAUGCUAAAUAUCUUAUUUCAACCUUUCCUACAGUUUCCCAGUCCCUUCCACUACCGCUUGUUUCUACAGAGAGAGGCAGCAAAGUUUGAUGAUGGCAUGGGCCUUAGUUAACAUUUAUUAAACAUUGUCUCAAAUACUAGAUGAUAGGAUAUGAAACAAGUAAAAUAAAAAAUAAAAAAGAUUUAAGAUGACCAUACUUAAGAAACACCCCCCCCCCUUCUUAAUACAGAUAACUAUACAUCUCCAAAGAGCAGUGCUAUACUAAAGCAAUACUUGUGAAUGUCUGAAGUUAACAGGAUCUUUGAGAAGCUGCAAUGUAAUUAACUGUUCUCGAUGCUGAGUGAAAGCUUUAUGAUUCAAAAUGCUUCAAUGAACUGUUUUCAUUUUUCCUCUUCUCAUAAUUUCAGUUAUAGUGAUACCGUUGUAUUUCAUACUGUCUUAUUUUUGCUGCUGAUUUUCAGAGGGUCCAGCAGAAAAUAAAUCCUGUUUUAGAAAAUAAUGAAAAUCACAAUCUCAUAAAAAUAACACUGGGAAUUAAUGCAAAGGCAUAGUUUAUAGUGCAGAUAAGCUAAGAAGGAUGUUGUUCCUUGGAAGGAGAUGGAUUCUCAUGAGAUAAAGAGGCAAUAUAAUCACAUUUUUCAAUGUUCUGUUUCAUUUAUGCAAAGCAAAUGCAUACCUGAUGUAAUUUCACCAAAUUAAUGGCAAAAUAGGUUUACUUACUUUUAUUUCCUGACCAUCCGUUAUUAGUUAGAUGAAUGAUGCAAAACCGCAUCCAUAUCAGGCAGUGGCUACUUGUAAAGUGACAAAGCCUAAAUUGUCACUUUUAUAUUCUAUGGCCCCAGUGAAAUAAACAAUGAUCAUUUUUAGAUUGCACUACAAUCAAAGCCUGCUGCCUGUUAUAGGUCAGAUUAAGGUAAUCAAUACCCAUUUUCUUAAUGAAUGCUGAAGAAGAAUCUCCUCUAUAGUUUCUGUAGGAUGCGAAAAGAUUUUGCUCUUAUUUUUAUGCACUUGCAGGUUGCAAAUAUUAGAAUUAUAGGAUUUUUUUUUCAUAGAAGAAACUUGUUAAUUGUAACCUCAAUCAAAAUUUUUAACCCUUGCUUAAAAUGUUUACAUAGUAAACAUAGUAAGUAAAUGGUUAGUAACCUCUUUCAAACAUCGCCCCUCAUAAGGGUCAGAAAGAGAUAAGAUAAACAUGUGCUAUUUUCUUAUUUGUGUAAAAGUUUUUCAAAGUAACAUUUUUAGGUAAGUUAUUUUUCAUUCUUUUGAACAGUAAGUUCAUAUUUGCAAUUUCGUAUUCCAGUUGCAAGUGAAAACGUACUUAAAAAGAUUUAGUCACUUUAGUAUUGAUCUGUGUAGUCCUUUAAAGAGCUUGUUUGUCCCACAUAUAUGUGUUCUUUUGCACUCCUGACAAGAAAUAACAUUUAACAGACUAUUCCCUUUUUCGAAUGUUACAAAAAAGAAAAGGUUGAAUUGACAAAGCUGCAUAUAUAUAUAUGUUUAAAGUGUGUGUUUAAUUAAAAUUUUUGUCCUUCCGUUAUUUAAUGUUGCAAAGUAGCUCUUAAAGAGGAAGACACUAACCUGUUAAAACAAAAAAAAACUUAAACUGUGUUGUAGAUCAAUUUUGAAAUGCUGUUAAAACGUGCUGAAAGCGUCAACUGAAUCGUCAAAGAUGAAGCACAUAACACAAGUAGAAACAUUAGUGGAGUUUUACUCUUAAUUGUUUAGAAAGUGUGAAAUAUGUAGUUAUAAGGAAAUAUUUUGUAAAAUAACAUACAGUACCAAUGAUGCUUCCAAGCAUUUGAUUAUUUUUCUUUCUCAAAACAGAAUGUUCCCAAAAUUCAUAGAUUUUCCCCAUUAUAAUGCUAUUUUUUUGUUUGGUAUUAGAUGUUUUAUAUCAGUUUUAUUUGUUUUGUAUCUGAUCACUUUAAAGAAACAUUGUUUUCAGAAAGUAGUAUUUAGGGGAAAAUAUUUAUUUAUUUAAAGUUAAAUAUUGAAGAAGAUUUAGACAAUUUCAUAGACUUAAGAGGGAAAGAGCACACCAGUGUAUAUAUUUUACUAUAUAAAAUUCCUGUCGAAUAAACUGUUAACCUGCUAGUUCAUAUUGCUGCUUUUGGGUAUCUUGUAAAUUGACUCAAAAAGUCAAAUAUUUACCUGUUUAUGAAUACCAUAUAAUGUAUGUUAGACAAUGUAUAAAGGUCCUUAAAAGAUCUAAAUGGUAUGAAGUAAACUGGUUUAUAGCAUUAUGUCAGAAUAAACUGCUGUUCUGGAGAAAAUAACAAUGCACAGAUAUAUGGCCUGGGAAAGUGCUUAAAGCAUGAUUUCUGCAGCUAUGUUAAAAACGUUUGUAUAAUAAAUUAAAAUUGUAUUUAGUUAAGUUCUAUGGUUUUGUUUAUAUGCCUGUAUAGAAUUCAUGUGUGCCUACAAGUUUAUAUUUUCCAGUUCUAUCUUGUAUAUAUCAUGCCACAAAAAUAAAGUAAAUUAAGCAUUUAA